AUGCAAAUGACUGUGGUGGCAAAAGGAAGAGAGCUCACAUAUGGUGAAAAUCUUGUAUAUGUCAACAGCAUUGAUCUUUCAGCAAAUAACCUAGUUGGUGAAAUUCCUGAAGAGAUAACAAGCCUUGUUGCACUUGGUACAUUAAAUCUUUCAAUGAAUCAUAUAUCCGGACGCAUACCAGCGGACAUUGGAAAUUUGCGGUUGUUGGAAACCUUGGAUUUUUCAAACAAUAAUCUCUCGGGUUCGAUUCCUCAAAGUUUGUCUUCAUUAAUUUUCUUGGCUCACUUGAACUUGUCUCACAACAACGUGUUGGGGAAAGUUCCAACUGGAAAUCAGCUCCAAACACUCAAUGAUCCGUCUAUUUAUGAAGGUAACCCUCUUCUGUGUGGACUCCCUCUUACAACCAAGUGCCCCAGUGAGGAUACAUCUAAUGCGCCUCCUCUCAAUGGAGGAGGCCAGGAUGACAGUGACAUUGAAAAUGACCUUGAUAUGACAUGGUUCUAUAUUAGCAUGGGACCUGGAUUUGUUGUUGGAUUUUGGGGUGUGUUUGGUUCCUUGUUGAUAAAGAAAUCUUGGAGGCUUGCCUACUUUCAAUUCUUGGAGAACAUGACAAAAAGGAUAGCUCUUGUGAUUGCAUUGGGAGUGGCUCGUUUGCGAAGAAGAUAG